AUGGCCUUGAAGCUUCUCUUUGUUCUUUUGAUCUUCAAUCUUCAGCUUCGUCUCUCUUCUUCCGGAGAGUCCAACUCAAUGGAGUCAAUUCCUGAUCUUCGGGAUUCAAUGUACAUGGUUGUUGAUGGAUUCCCUUGUGUACGGUUACUCAAUCUCUCUGGGAAGAUUGGUUGUUCAAAUCCUGGACGAGAGAAGGUUGUUGCUCCAAUUAUUAGUUUUAAGAAUGCUGAAGAGCUGACCCAGUUAUCUGCUGUUUUGGUAUCAUUGGAUGAAGUUCAAGAUUUAUUCCACAGAAUAUCAAGUGAUAAAAGUUUUGCUUCAAAAAUUGGUGGAGUUUUAGUUGAAUCAGGUGCUGAGAUUCGAAGUAAAUUAAAAGGAUUCUCUCCAACUCAAAAGUUUCCGCUUGCUGAAUUUGCACCUUACCAAAAUGCUGACUAUGAAUGGAACCCAAAUGGAUCUGGUAUCAUGUGGAAAGCUUAUGAUUUUCCUGUGUUCUUGCUCACUGAGAGUAGUACAUUGACCUGUCAGGAGGCAGCGUUGAAGAAUGAAGACAGAAAGAACUCUUAUACAGCUAAUGUUGCCGAAUUUGAUCUGGUGAUGCAGACAACAAAAGCUGGAACUCAGGAUUCAAAAUCUUGCUUAAAAGAAGAGACUUGCCUUCCUUUAGGUGGAUACAGUGUUUGGUCAUCGCUCCCUCCAAUUAAUACUUCGUUGUCAUACCAGUCCAAGCCCAUUAUACUAUCAGUGGCUUCCAUGGAUUCUGCUUCUUUUUUUCGUGACAAAAGCAUUGGUGCAGAUUCUCCAAUAUCUGGAUUGAUUUCUUUGCUGGCAGCAGUUGAUGCUCUCUCUCGUUUGGAUGGUUUGGAUGACCUUAAUAAACAGCUUGUUUUUCUAGUUCUCACUGGAGAAACCUGGGGUUACCUUGGUAGCAGACGAUUUUUACUUGAGCUUGAUCAGCAUUCUGAUGCUGUUAAAGGCCUAAAUGGCUCAUUAAUUGAGAUGGUCAUGGAAAUUGGAUCUGUUGGAAAGGGCUUCAAUCAAGGGGUCAAAACCUUUUUUUCCCACACAGCAGGGGAAUCAUCUUCCACAAAUAAAACACUGGAUGCUUUACAGCGUGCUCAAGAUUCACUAAAAUCUGAAAACAUUACAGUCUUGCCAGCUAAUGCCUCAAAUCCUGGGCUACCUCCAUCUUCCUUGAUGGCAUUCCUGAGAAAGCACUCUUUGGCUUCUGGAGUUGUAUUAGAGGAUUUUGAUACGGUCUUUUCCAACAAGUUCUACCAUAGUCACCUUGAUGAUUUAUCAAAUGUAAACUCAUCUGCCAUUGUGGCAGCUGCUUCUCUUGUUGCCCGCUCUCUUUUCAUUCUUGCAAACGACAACAAUGAUUUAAGUAGCGCUGUUUUAGGUUCCAUAAAUGUAAAUGUGUCUCUUGUUGAAGAACUUAUGAGCUGUCUAUUGAGCUGUGAACCGGGUCUGUCUUGUGAGCUUGUGAAGAACUAUAUUUCUCCGGACGAUGCAUGCCCAAAUCAUUAUGUUGGUGUUGUCCUUGGUGAGCCUUCCUCCAAUCCUGGAUAUGUGGAUGAUGUUUCCAGGUUUGUUUGGAAUUUUAUGGCUGAUGUAACAUCCAUUCAAAAGGAGAAUGCUAGCUCCAGUUGUUCACAAGGUUGCAGCAACAAAGAAGUGUGCAUUAGAGCAGAAACAGAAGGAAAGGGAGUUUGUGUUAUCUCUACAACCAGGUAUGUUCCAGCAUAUUCGACCCGUUUGAAAUUCGAAUCUGGAACUUGGAAUGUACUGCCAUCAAACUCAUCAGAUCCCAUGGGGUUGGUGGAUCCCGUUUGGACAGAGAGCAAUUGGGAUGUAAUUGUGCUCAGGGUCUACAGUGUACAAAAUGCUUCUUAUGACCGCCUUGUUUUACUUGGAGGUAUUACCAUCACAAUCUUGGCUUACCUUGCAGUAGUUCUUACAAGAUCAUUCAUCAGGAAGGCGUUGAAGCAGGACUGACAAGUACUAAUUCUGAAACCAAUACAAAGUUUCUAGAGAUUGCGAUAACAAACAAAAAUUUACUUUUAUUGAAAUGAGGAUGCUUAGUUAAUUAAGGGUGCAUCCUUGUGCAUUUGAAUUUCAUAGGGAAUUAAUGCCAUUCAUGCCUGUAUCUCUUAUUCCUCAAGGAGAAGUUGGAGCAUAUUCUUAUUUCA